AUCAUUUACUUUCAGCCCUUCCCAAUAACCUUCCUGAAUAUAUAUUGCCUAGUUUAUUUUUUCCAACCAGUAAAGAAAGCAGAAAGCAAUAAUAAUCUUGCUUUGAGUUAUUGGGGCAAAAUUAUUUGGCCGGAUUUUGGGAAUAUUUGAUUAAAAUUCACUCGUGUAUCAAGGUAUAUCAAUUGGGAGAUAUUGAAUAAUUUUAGAACUUUCUGGAAUAGUUAUUUAUUCAUGGCAAAUCCAAAACGUGGAAGCCAUUUAUUUGGUGAAGAAAAUUUGUCGCAUUAUCGUGAUCGAGGAGAGAAACAUUGCCGUGCAUGUGAAAGUUUUCAAACAUGGAGAAAUUUUCGAGAAAAAGGGAAACCUGGAGAAGACAAAAACAAAGAACAAAACAGUCCAACUUCAAGUGAUGAGUGUCCUUUAGAUCGUGAAGAAUUGGGCAGGAACUCUUGGUCAUUUUUGCAUACCAUGGCGGCAUAUUAUCCAAAGAAGCCUACUGACGAACAAAAGAAAUCAAUGACUCAAUUCAUGGAUAUAUUUGCUCAGUUUUAUCCCUGUAAAGAUUGUGCGAAAGAUCUUAGAAAAAGCUUGAAAAAUUCAAGACCGGCCGUGCAAGAUAGAUAUACAUUUUCAAAUUGGAUGUGCCAAAUUCAUAAUGAAGUUAAUAAGAAAUUAGGGAAAUCUGAAUUUGAUUGCUCGCUAGUUUUAGAAAGAUGGCGGACUGGUUGGAAAGAUGGGUCAUGUGACUAAUAGUCAAAAAAAAUUUUUGUUUGUAACCUACAAGUGUCAUAUGAAGACUUGACAAAAAAGAUUGUCAAAUAAAAAAUUAGCGUGGUUGUUGACGUUAUACAGAUAAAAAUGUACCUUAAUAAUUGAAUAUACCAAAAGUUUUAGUGUGUUAUUUGUCCUUAACUCAUAUCUUUAAAGUUUGUGAAAUUUGGUUUAAAUAUUUUUCUAUGUCACAAUAUUUAAACAAUAUUAUGAAUUCUCAACACAUUUCCUCUUAAUAAGAGAAACAGUUAGUUUCAGUGGAGAAAUCUUGUGUCAGCAGAGAUUCAUUUUCAUCCAUUUCACACUGUUUGUAUAAUGUCACUGAUCAUUUUUACACGUCUAAUCAUGUUUACAAUUAGGCUCACAAUCUUGCAUUGUAAAAAAUUAUGUUCAUAUUUAACAGCUAAAGUUCUGUUUGUAAUUUUUUUACUUUUUUAAAUUUGGUUCAUUCAUUUUAAAACAUGGUACUAGCGGUGUGAUUUUUAAUUUUUAUUUAUUCGUGGCUUUUGUGUUAUAUGUAGCUAAUACCAAACAUAUAACAUCUAACAUUUUAGGUUGAUAAUUUGAUGAUAAACAAUUUUUUUAAGAAGGCCUCAGUUUUGGAUUAAGAAAUACGUACCGUAAUUUUUUCUAUCACAUGGUCUAAGAUACGAGGCAGUGAAGAUUGUUAUCAGUAAUUCAAAUAUGACAUUUUUA